AUGGCGAAAUCUCUAGAGGAAGAACACCCUAAGAAGGCCUUUGGAUGGGCUGUCAGAGAUUCAUCUGGUGUUCUCUCUCCCUUCAAUUUCUCAAGAAGGGAAACGGGAGAGAAAGACGUGACAUUCAAAGUCGCAUACUGUGGGAUAUGUCAUUCCGACCUUCACCUAAUCAAGAAUGAAUUGGAGUCCACUGAAUGGGGUGCUUCCACCUAUCCUCUUGUUCCUGGGCAUGAGAUUGUUGGUGUCGUGACAGAGGUAGGGAGCAAAGUAGAAAAAUUCAAAGUUGGAGACAAGGUUGGUGUUGGAUGCAUGGUGGGAUCUUGCCAUUCUUGUGAUAAUUGUGCAAACAACCUUGAGAACUACUGCCCCAGAUGGAUACCCACAUUUGGUGGCAAGUACCAUGACGGAACGACUACGUAUGGAGGCUACUCAGAUAUCAUGGUGGCUGAUGAGCACUUCGUUGUCAAUAUUCCAGAUAACCUACCUCUUGAUGGAGCUGCUCCUCUUCUAUGCGCUGGGAUUACAACUUACAGCCCUUUGAGAUAUUUCGGACUUGACAAACCCGGUAUGCAUGUAGGUGUUGCUGGCCUUGGUGGUCUAGGCCAUGUGGCUGUGAAAUUUGCCAAGGCUACGGGGGUUAAGGUUACUGUGAUCAGUACCUCCCCUGGAAAGGAGGAGGAAGCUAUUAAACAUCUUCAUGCUGACUCGUUUUUGGUCAGUCGUGAUGAAGAUCAGAUGCAGGCUGCCAUGGGCACCAUGGAUGGUAUUAUGGAUACAGUCUCUGCAAACCAUCCUCUCUUACCUUACAUUGAUUUGUUAAAGUCUCAUGGAAAGCUUGUUAUGGUUGGUGCACCGGAGAAGCGUCCCGAGCUUCCGGUUUUUCCUCUGCUGAUGGGAAGGAAGAUAGUAGCUGGUAGUUGCGUUGGUGGUAUGAAGGAGACACAAGAGAUGAUUGAUUUUGCGGCCAAGCACAACGUUACAGCUGAUAUUGAAGUUAUCCCUAUUGAUUAUGUGAACACUGCAAUGGAGCGUCUUGCUAAAACAGACGUUAGAUAUCGCUUUGUCAUUGACAUUGGAAACACAUUGAAGCCUAGCUCUUAAUUUGCUUGUUUCAGUUUAAAAUUUUUCUUAUGAGGUUUUGGUUUGUGCUAUGUACAAUCUUGCAGUUUAAGCGAGGGCAUAAUAAACCAGUGGUCUCACAAAUUUAAGCCACGGCAUGAUUUCUCUCAAUCAUCCUGUUUUUUAAAUGUUGCUUGACAACUUUUUUGUUUCAUUUUUUAAUCUUCCCAGACAACUUUUGUUUUUUGCUUUUGUGUUUUUUUAUUUUCUAGCUAUUCUUAUUCAUCAAUCGCCCCUCUACUCUUUAUUUCUUUACUUUAUUAUUUUAGUGUUCUAGACAAACAAAUAAAAACAAGGUUUUCGGGCUUACAAAUACAAGGCUCUUUAUUUACUUGACCAUGAAACUUGCAUGUGUUAAAUAGUAGAAUUCUAUAUUGAUGGUUUUAUAAGCCCUAUCUUUUUAGUCGUUGAAUCAUAUAAGUAAAGUUAG